AUGGGAUGCUAAGUUGGAAAGACCAAUCAAAUUUAAAUUAGAUCCAAGUAUAACAAUCUCGUAGGAAUUAAGUUUUAGUAAGCUAUUGAAAAUAGCAACCCUAAAUUGAAAUAAUUGCAACAUCAAUGGAAUCAAUUUGAAAUCAAAGACCUUAGUGCUGCUUUUAAAUUCAAAUAAAGUGAUCCAGUCAGAUUUAGAAAGUAUCUUAUGAAUGGAGCAAUCUCCUCCAAUAGAUGGCUUUUAUGGAAAGUAUCCUUAUUUGUAGACAAUAUAUUUGAAUCAGGGUGUUAUGAAGCCUUGUUGAAGAGUUAGCAUCAUCAGUUUGACAUUGAAAUUGAGAAGGACUUGCCCAGAACAUUACCAGGUCAUCAAGAAUUUCAUAAAAAAUCUUAAGCAUUAUAAAAUGUUCUCAAGGCUAUCGCUAUCUAUAAUAAUGAUUAUGUGACAGGCAUGAAUCAAGUAGCUGGGUUCUUGUUAUUAAUAAGUGGAAUGGAAGAGGAAGAUACCUUUUGGAUGGUAAAUUAUUUGAACAUCAAUCCGUAAUUCAAAUUUCUUUAAUUAUAUCAAACGAAUGAUUCAUAGAAUUAAGGGAAUCAAUUUGAAUAUGUUACAAAAUUAUUAAGCAUAUUCCAUAAGCAUUUCUAAAGUCAAAUGCCAUUAUUGUAUCAACAUUUUGAAACACAAGGCAUCAACCAAUAUUGUUACAUUUGGAAAUGGAUAUUUACGCUAUUUUUAUAUACAUUCCCUUUUGAAGUGGUACUCUACUUCUUCGAUUUCAUGAUUGCUAAUAAUAUUUUGGCAAUUAUUUCACUAUCUCUUGCUUUACUAAAACACUUCCACUCUCAUCUACUUAAAUUAAAUCAAACUGAAAUUGCUUAAUUUAUUACUCAAUUCCAAGAAUGCUCAGACGUCUUUGAUAGAUCAAGCCAUUCAGAUCACCUGUGUGUUGAAUAAAUCUUAUGUUACGCUACCUAAUUUCACGAUUAAUUGGGAUUUUCGAGAUUAGAAGAAACUUUGCAAUGA